UCGCGUAGCUGGGAAGCAAAAUUGUUGUUCGAUGAUUUUGUCCCACCUAAAGCUUUCACUCAAAAUAGGUCUACCAUCUGAUUAGAUGCAUUGCAUUCUGAACACAACGACGGAUCAGUAUUACAGUACGACAAUGAAAUCGUGGGUAGUAAAUUUUCCAUUUUGGUUCAGGCCUAUUUCAUAUUACUCAGAAAUAUUCAGAAAUAUGAAGGAAUCAUUGACUGUUCGUGAUAUACUCGGAAUAUACCCUACCAACUCCAAGGGAAAUGAAAUGCAUUAAGUAUCUGUUCAGUUAUAGCAAUUUGAAUGCAGGCAGGGCGAAAUGGGAGAAUAUCUGCUACUGUUUUUCUUAGUAGAAUUGCUACUGUUAGUGGGCAAUGGAGUGUCAAUUCCAACAACUGUAGAUGGGCCUUUCAGCCCUGUAACAAGACGUUUCGAUCCUUCUCUACGCAAAAGAAGUGAUGACCUUCCCCUGCACCAUCCUAGAUUGGCGAAAAAAGUUCGCUCCAAUUUCCCGGAACAAAUUGCUCUCGCACUUUCCACCCCUGAUUCCAUCUGGGUCUCCUGGAUUACAGGAGACGCUCAGAUAGGGCCCGAGGUUACCCCUCUGGAUCCUUCCACUGUUGGAAGUGAGGUUCAUUACGGUACACGCAGUGGCAAACUCACAUUUGUUCAGCAUGGGUACUCGUCCGUCUACAGCCAGAUAUAUCCUUUCGAGGGCCUUCUCAAUUACACUUCUGGCAUCAUUCAUCAUGUUCGUCUUGAAGGGCUCUCUUCAAAUACAAAGUACUACUACAAAUGUGGGGACAGUUCUUUGUCAGCUAUGAGCGAAGAGCAUGUGUUUGUGACACCACCUUUGCCAAGCCCACUUAAUUAUCCUCGUCGGAUAGGAAUAAUUGGAGAUUUGGGUCUUACGAGUAAUUCAUCUACCACCAUUGAUCAUCUCAAUCAAAAUGAUCCUUCAUUGAUUUUAAUGGUUGGGGACGUCACUUAUGCAGACCAAUACAUCACCACUGGUACUAAAGGGGUAUCAUGUUUUUCAUGUGCCUUUCCAAACGCACCUAUUAGAGAAACAUAUCAGCUUCGUUGGGAUGGAUGGGGAAGAUUUAUGGAGCCAUUGACCUCAAGGGUGCCCAUGAUGGUGAUAGAAGGAAAUCAUGAAAUAGAGCCUCAAGCAAAAGGAGUCAAUUUUACCUCUUACAAGGCUCGAUUUGCUGUACCUUCUGAAGAAUGUAGCUCAAACAGUAGUUUCUAUUAUUCCUUCAAUAUGGGAGGAAUACAUUUCAUCAUGCUGGGAGCAUAUGUUAACUACAACAAGAUUGGCAUGCAAUAUGAUUGGCUAAAGAAAGAUUUGGCAAAUGUAGAUCGACAAGUUACACCAUGGCUUGUUGCAUCAUGGCAUCCACCUUGGUAUAAUAGUUACUCUUCUCAUUACCAAGAGUUUGAGUGUAUGAGGCAAGAAAUGGAACACCUUUUGUAUGAGUUUGGUGUGGACAUAGUAUUCUCUGGCCAUCAGGUACAUGCAUAUGAAAGAAUGAAUAGAGUGUACAACUAUACUUUGGAUCCAUGUGCUCCCUUGUAUAUCAUAGUAGGAGAUGGUGGGAACAUCGAGGGUAUUGACACAGACUUUGCAGAUGAUCAAGGCAAGUGCCCCAAGAAAGAGGACAACAAACCAGAAUUUGGAGGUGUAUGCCACAUAAAUUUCACUACGGGUCCUGCAAAAGGUAAAUUCUGUUGGGAUGAACAACCAGAAUGGAGUGCAUAUCGAGAGAGUAGCUUUGGACAUGGCAUACUUGAGGUGUUUAAUUCUACACAUGCCUUGUGGACGUGGCAUAGAAAUCAGGAUGCAUACAAAACUGAUGGUGCUGUUGGAGAUCAAAUAUAAAUUGUGAGACAACCCGAAAUCUGCCUCCCUCAUCAGAAUUUAACUAACCAGUCUCGCCCACAUCAGAAUUUAACUAGCAUUUGCACCAUGUGGAGAUGCAAUGGGUGUGCCAAUAGGUGCUUUUUUGUUUGCGUCAUUCUACUUUUUUUCUUCCUUUUAGAAGGUUUGUUUCCAAAUAUUUGAUUUAUACAGGUACUAGUAAUAUGCUUGUAAGGAAUGCGUUUCAUUAUAUUUCUAAUCUUAGAGUGAGAUACUUCUUAUCAUGUUGACUGAAAGAAUUUCUGAAAUUAUCGCAGAGGAGACACGAUAACAAUUUAAUUUAUUAUGUGCUUUUUACAUCCAUUGAAUUGGCAGCACGUAUCAUGUGGUCGGGGUGAAAAGUGUUUUAAUAUAAUCCCCCUUUAUAAAGUUUACAAUCAUAAAUGAAAUAUUGGGAUUUUGCUAUUCAAACAGGGAAGAUUCAAGAUACAAAUUUGUAAAUGCAGAAAAGAAAAAAAAUCAUGUUGAAUUAAUAGUCAA